GAGGUAUCUUGUCGCAACACACUUGUACCCUGGCCCUCAGCCGCCGAACGACAUGGAGGCCAUGAUGGAUCUCCUCCAUCUUCGGUCAGCUCCGAGGAUUUGUGGCGGGUUGUUCGGGAUCGGAGUAGCUCCGAUCCCAAUUGUAUCGAUCAAUCACGCACAUCCUAUUGCGAGUGGUUGCUGUACGGACUGCGGCCAUUCCGGUAACAAGACGUGUACUAGCUCUGGUCUAUGGUACACUCUGUGCCCCGCGCGGCAUCGGGCAGUAUCCUUCAACAUCCCGCUGCUGGAUGGCUUAGUGUCCGAUGUCCAAAAACUUAAACAUAAUCACUACCCUGGGUGUUCCGAACCACGCGUUCGGUGGCGGGCGCGCGCCGCGCGCGCGACUUCCCAUAUUAGCCCUCACUUUGAGUGUCAGCCUGGCAGGUACCGUAAGAGCUUUGACGCGAGCACACCUCUGCAUCCUGUUGGCACGAUCGCGUUUGGACUUCGGCUGGCUCCGCUAAACUUAUGCCAAUGUGAAUUCCGCUGGGUCCUUCAUUCCCCCCAUACAUACGCUUGCAGCCUCUCCUUUCCCACAAACCACAACCCAAGAUCAAUGAUCAAUGAUUGCGUUUGACACGCCACAUUUUAAAUGCCGACUGUUAUGACACUCCUCUCGUGAUCGGUUUCCGUCCUUCAUUUUGUUCUCUCCCCUUCCCGCUCUCUUGAUCUUCAAAAAUUGGUUACGCCUUCACCUCUCUGACGUCCGCCGGCCUUAUCCAUCCUUCAUCAUCUGCACACAAUGACUUACUUGCACUUUGUCAG